CUCCUUCAUACACAACUUGAAACACAACUGCGUCAAGUCGCAUGUUUGUGACAGCUUUUCUUCUAUACUGUGCUUAUUCUUAUAUUAUCUUAUCAGUGUCUCUCUGCCGGCUUGGUUGCAGCCUUCAAUUUGGGUGCACAGUCUCAGAAUCGUCAUGGAUGCUUUUGCCCGCUCAUCGUCUCGCCCACGGCCCUCGUCGCGACCCACGACUCCCUUAAGACCCAGUUCCCGGUCGUCGAUCCGCGAAGCUCAUGGCUAUGGCAGCAGUAUUGGUAUGGCAGGCUACACCCAGCCUGCCAUCAAUGCCUUGGAACCCCAGUUUGCAGAGCUUGCAGACUCCAUGGCCGACCUCGAGGCCAACUUCAUGCACCUUCAGCUGAUGCACGAAAGUUUGACUCGGUUCAGUGAGAGUUUUGCCAGUUUCCUAUAUGGAUUGAACAUGAACGCGUUCUGUGUGGACUUCCCAGAGGCGCCCAUUCCAGAGUCUUUCCGGAGAGCCAAGCAAGCAGAGGCACAGAAUGAAGCCGAAGCCGAACAGCUGAAAGCGACCACUGAAGCGGAGAUGACAUUCAUGACUACGGACACUUCCUUCAUUGAACAUCCUUCGAGCACCGUUCCCUCCAAGCCUUCGGCCAGAAUCCCGGCCCCGUCGCGUGGCACCACCAGAGGAUCCACGCGUGGUUCGACAAGCAGUCGUUAUGCGACACGGGGCGCCAAUCGCGGCGCCCGUCCAAGCGCAUUGCCCCGCGGACGAGGAUUGCGGUGAAGGCAGGAACCCGGAUGGUAGAAAUUUUCAACAGGGCGCAGACGGUUGAGCAUGGAGAGGCACAAAGACUUGCGCGAAGGGAACGGUCUGCUAUUGGCAAUCCGUAGAGAAUCCCUGCAGUCGCAACGCGCCCCCAAACCUUGAGGUACCCCGUUCCUGAAAGAACCUACGGCGACGAUAGCGUUCCGUAACACGAAGCCUGCCGAGCGGCCUGUCUGAUCUCAGCGGCUCGGAUCUUUCUGAGGGAAGUUCUUGCUAGCCCAGGGUGUAGAGUUAGGGUAGGCUGGAAAUCUCCAGUCUAGUGCCCCAAGACUUUUUCACAGUUCGGAGAAGAUCUGGGUCCUGUAUGAUAGCAAUACGAAU